AUGGCCCCGCGUAUCGCCGAAAGUGUCAAGCAAGACCACCGGGAAAUCGAAGCUUGUUACAUUCGCAUGGUGAACACCUCCGACAAGGACGAACAAACCCGAUUCAAAAACCUGUUCACGUGGGAACUGGCGCGGAAUCUGGUUGCGGAAGAGAUCGUGGUGUACCCUGCGCUCGAAAAGCAUGUCCAGGGAGGCACGACUCUUGCGAAUAAAAACCGCGAGCAACAUCAAAAGAUCAAAGAGCAACUGAAAACGUUUCAGAGCCUGGGUCCGUCUGACCAAGGGUUUAUCCCGACGCUCGACGCCCUGAUGCAGGAUUUGAGGCAGCAUAUGAGGGAGGAAGAAAUAAACGAUCUGGGGAUUCUGGAGGAGGCGAUGUCGAGCCACGACAGCCAAAAUCUUUCCAAGUGGUUCAACCGGGCGAAGAUAUUUCUUCCCUCGCGUGCUCAUCCCAGUGCUCCUAGCAAACCGCCCUUUGAAACCGCAGUGGGACUGCUGACAGCACCGGUUGAUCAGGUGGGGGAUUUGUUCCGGAAGUGGCCUCACAAAAGCCAGGUUGCGGUGUAA